AUGUUCCUCGCACUCGGUGCUCGUGUUGUUACCCAGUACCUUCUCUUUCCCCCGUCCUUAUUAAUCUCUUUUUCGCAUACACUCUUUCCUUCUUCCUUCCACCUUUCCAUAUUUCACUCACUCACUCACUCACUCACUAUCUAUCUAUCUAUCUCUCCCUCUCCUUCUUCCACUUUUGUUUCCUUGCUGUUAUUAUACACUCUCUUUUUUUUUUCUUCGGGUGCUUGCCUUUGCAUAUUUCUUUACCCUGGUAGUCAUUCGCUUAACCUAUCGUUAUAUUUUCCUUCACCUACAUUUUUCUUCUUACCCUUUGUAUCUCUAUAUAUCUAUCUAUCUAUGACUUAUAAUCUGUCUAUCUAUAACUAUUUCUAUCUAUCUAUUUAUAUCUGUUUCUAUCUAUCUAUCUAUAACUAUUUCUAUCUAUCUAUAACUAUUUCUAUCUAUUUAUCUAUCUGUAUCUGUUUCUAUCUAUCUAUAACCGUUUCUAUCUAUCUUUAA